CCCCCCGGGGCGCCCCGCCCGCCGCCAGGCUCCACCCGCCCGCAGUGACCGCUGCGCCCCGUCCCGUCCCCGGCUCCGUGCGCUGCCCGGCGGGGCCACCAUGGCCGACGACUUCGGCUUCUUCUCGUCGUCGGAGAGCGGCGCCCCGGACGAGGACCCCGCCGCCGCCUUCCUGGCCCAGCAGGAGAGCGAGAUCGCCGGCAUCGAGAACGACGAGGGCUUCGGGGCGGCCGACGGGGGCCCGGGGCAGGCCCCGGACAUGGGGGCUGAUUUUGAGGACGUGGGGGCCACUGUGAAUGGAGAUGCCUUUCAGGAAUCCAACGGCCCCACGGACGGCUACGCGGCCAUCGCCCGGGCUGACAGGCUGACCCAGGAGCCCGAGAGCAUCCGCAAAUGGCGGGAGGAGCAAAAGAAACGGUUGCAGGAGCUGGAUGCUGCUUCGAAGGUGAUGGAGCAGGAAUGGCGCGAAAAGGCCAAGAAGGACCUGGAGGAGUGGAACGUGCGUCAGAACGAGCAGAUGGAGAAGAACCGAGUUAACAACAGGAUUGCUGACAAAGCAUUUUACCAGCAGCCGGACGCCGACGUGAUCGGCUAUGUGGCCUCGGAGGAAGCCUUCCUGAAGGAGUCCAAGGAAGAAAACCCCGGCACGGAGUGGGAGAAGGUGGCCCAGCUGUGUGACUUCAACCCCAAGAGCAGCAAGCAAUGGAAGGACGUGUCGAGGAUGCGCUCGGUGCUCAUCUCCCUCAAACAGACACCCCUGUCCCGCUAGCCGCCCACCCGGCACGACCAAAGAGUGGGGGGGCAGGGGCGGACAUGGGCCACUCCUCCGCCAGCGGGCGUGCCUGGACGAGCACAUCAGGUUCAGUUGGACGCCAGCAAGGGGUGCUGCUGCCCCCACCUCCGCUCCCCCGCCCCCUUUGCUCCCCGGUGUGCGUGGCUGAUUUGGUUGGGUCGCUGGUUGUAACUGUCCCCCUGUUUUCCUUUGCUUAAAGGGUGCAUUGGCCUCUUUUUACACUUAUUUAUUACCAUGGUGGUUCCCUGGGUAGCAGGCUGGGCUCCCUCCCCCGCUGCAUCUGGGCGGGGAGCUCGAUGCCGGCAGGCCAGGCACAGGCCUCUGAAACUGUGAGAGAUCCCGGGGUCUCCUUGCUGCCUCUCACACCUAUCCAGCUUCUUCCCCCGGGGCGGAGAGCUGAGCCAGUUCGGCGGGAGCAAACCCUGCUGCCUCCUGCCUGAGAUGCUUGGCCACAGCACUGGGUGAAAGCGGGAUGAGUGGCAAUAUUGUCUAGUAUCCUAGCAUGGGGCUGGGAGCCAGGAUGCCUGGGUUCUAAUCCCAGCUCCUCAGGGGACCCUGGCCCUCGUGUGUCCGCCUGUAACAGGGGAUGACGCUGUGCUGCCUGCAGGGGAUGGCUGUGACACUGGGAGGGGCAGGGCCGGUUCAUGGCUGCACAGGUGUGACAUCAGCCAGAGGCAGCGGCUAGGUGCACACAAGCUGCCAGGGAAAAAGGAGAAUCUCAGUCAUGGGCGCUCCAGGCGGGGCAGAGCUGAGAGCAUGCAGGAGCAUCUGGGUCUGGGAGGUAGCAACCCCCAGCUCCUCCUCCAAUGUUAGUAUGAGUCUUUGGCAUACCGGAACUGGAGAGGCAAUGGCAGUGGCUAACCCUGCCCUGGGGAACUCUCUGCCACAGGAUAGUGCUGAGGCUGAGCUCCCAGGAUUGGGCAUAUGGCUGGCUAAGGACACAUCAAUGGGUUUGAGAAGUCAAGUUCAGGGCUCGGGAGAAACCUCCCCUAGGGGAACUUAUUCCACCACUGCUCAUUAGGGAACUUCUUGUUCCUCCCUCUGGAGCAGCUCUCAUGGAGACAGGAUACCAGGCUAGAUGAGCCCUUGAGCUGAGCUGCUCCGGCACUUCCUCUGCUCCUAAGUGAAGGUGGCUGGGAGGGGAGUGCUGAGCUCAAGCCAAGCUGCCCCUGCCCUGCUGCAGGGGACACGGGCUGAGAUCCCUGUUUGUGCUUGGCCAGGGAGAGAAAACGCCCACCCACCCGUGCAUGGACUUGAUAUUCCAGAGGAAAAACUCUAGCUCUGGUGUUUGGACUCUGCCCUGCCUCUGAGCAACUGACGAGCCCU